AUGCAGGCUGUCCAGUAUGAACAGCUUGCCUCUCCUGGGGAGUCGCCUACCUACACCGAUCAUCGCCCCCUCCAAGACCUCUCCCCAACCAAAAGCCCGACUCCGAAAAACGUCGCUUUCGAGCUUCUACUCGAUGAAAACUCCAAGGCCCGGGCCCGUAUCCCCAUGCGGGUGCAGAUUUACCCUCAUGAUACCACAGACUCCAUUGUCACCACGGUUAAGAACUUCUAUGGCAUUUACGAUGGCGCUGCCGGCGUUAGCUUUGAGGAUGAGCACAACACCACUCUCAUUGCAAGAUAUGAGAAUCUAAAGAAUAACAUGACAGUGUAUGUUCGGGUAAUGCCCGUCCAGGCCUACGAAGAGGGAUACGGGGAUAUGUAUUAUGGCCCCAUGCCCAUUGACAAUCGCAAACGCCCCAGCCUGGGAGAACCAUUCCAAAUGGCAUCAGCAAUGCAGGCAAUACAGCCCUCAGAGAACGGACAAUCACCGUCUCGACCGGCAUCCCGAGUCGCUCGCAAGCGCAGCGUCUCACCGUCCGGGAGGAGCCGUCGUAGCGCCUCACAGCACAAGCAGUUCUCCCGGCCCGGGCUCAAGAGUAGGGGCUCUAGCACUCAUGGCAGCGUCUAUGAUGAUGCUGGAUAUAGCGAUAGUGAUGGCGGCUAUGGCUCUGUUUCUGGGGCAAAGAAGGCUCGAAGUGAACAUUUUGCCAGUUCAGAAAUCAGCAUGGAAAAUAUUCUUCAAGAUGGUCGUCGCAAGCGACCCAAGUUCGAUAGCUCUGAACUCCCGUUGUUCGUUCCUCCUCAGGUUCCUCUCACUACCUCGACUUCCUCUAUCUCACCGCAACGUCGCUCUAUUGGCCAGGAAGGCGUCGGCUCACCAUUUGCUCGACCAAUGCACCGUUCACACAAUCCUUACCAACAGCCAUUGCCCUCGCCUCAAAGUUAUGGGCACAGUGAUCACAUUUAUGGUCCUGGUUCCACACGAAAUGGCAUAUAUACAACCCCAAUGGUUCCAGAGCAUGGACACCGUCUGCGCGACCGAACAGCUUUGCACUCGUCGGUGCCGUUCUCAAAUCCUGCUGGCCGAACUGGUGGUCCUGGUAUCCUUCCCACUCCUGAUCCUACCAUCGCCAGCUGCAUCUCUGAUGAAGAUGUUGCGAUGCAAUUGAUACGCCUUGGGGAUGCCUCUAAUUUCUCUCAUGGACGCACCUCAGCAUCGACCCUCGAUGAUGCAUUUAGCGGCGCUGCUGAGGCUGCAUCUUCUACUGGCGCAACAAGCGACGGUGAAGGUUACAGUGAGGACGAUGAUGAUCUACCUGCUCGUCCCCGGGAGAGGCUUGACUCAAGCCCAAUGCUCCCACCAGGCACUGCCAAACACACACACAAGCGGCUAGAUGAUAUUCUCCCCAGUUUUGACAGCUCCGACGCUAGUUAUGACAGUCCUGAUAAUGAGUAUCGUCAUGAUGACUUCGAGGGUGGCUUGGUUAAGAAUGAGGUCGAUGAAGAUUCCUUUCAUGAGUCCAUGCCAAAGGCAAAGAAGAUCAAAUCUCGAGCCAUUAGCACGACCUCUUCUAAGGCCCGUGGCCCCAAGUCAACGCAAAUACGCCCGAACAAAAAUGGAAUCAAGAAUUCCUCUACUAGUGCUUCCCGCAAGGUCAAGCCCACGCCGACAGUUCCCAGUAGCAAAGCUGCACCACCUCAGGUUGUUAACCCUGCUCCCCCUCGGAAGGCUUCAACUUCUUCUAUCAACGGCCAACACCCGUUAGCCGCUGAUGAGGAGGAUCUCUCAACAAAACCACGCUGCCAGAGGUGCCGCAAGAGCAAAAAGGGGUGUGAUCGACAGCGUCCUUGUGGGCGAUGCAAGGAUGCAGGCAUUGGUAUCGAAGGCUGUAUCAGCGAGGACGAAGGAAAUGGCCGCAAAGGUCGCUACGGGCGUCAUAUGGGCGUCGCUGUCAAAAAGACAGGUGAUGCUCUUUCAGUUACUAGUGAGGUGCAGGAGCCAAUUCCCGCCGUUCCUAUGACCGCCUCACUGGUUGACAAGAACAAGAAGCGCAAGCGUUAG